AUGAAUGAAAGACUUUUUCGCCUACCAUUUGAAUCAAAUGAUGAUGAGCUUGGUCCGUGGGAUGUUUUGCUCAGUAAUGAUGCAAUUGCAGAUAUGAGAAAAUUAGAGCCCCUUGCAAUCAAAGCAGUUAUGGAGAAACUAAUGCAAAUGUCAAGCGGAAAAUGGAAUAAGUAUGGAUUGCAACAUACUGUACAAUCUUGCAUUGUACCUAUUUAUGAGGUGGAACUUCCAGAUUAUGGUGGCUUGAAGAUUCUCUGGCAGGUCGAUUAUGGAUUCUCUAUUCGUAAAAAUUCACUCAUGCAACAUGUGGCGAUUUGGACAGUCACUGUAAACCAAGAGCAAAUCAACGAAAUAUUAGAAAAUGUUUCAUUACUUCAUCAAGUCUACACUCCUGAACAUAAAUACCGGUGCACAUUGCAACAACAGAUUGGCAAAGGUAAUAUCAUUUUACCAUCCUUUGGAGAUGAAGAAGCAACAAGGUCUACCCAGAGCAGAUUGAGGUGGAACCAAACAGAUGAUGAAAAUUUGUUAAAGGUUCAUGAAAUGCUUGCCACAAAUAAAUUUGUACCAUUAUCAAAGAACUUAUUUAGGUCACUUGUCAGGGGUGGUACCGAUUUUACCUUUCAGGUAUCUAAGCUUGAGUAUGAAAUUAUUAACCAUCCUUCAUCAGCAAUUGUCAUUGGUCGUUCUGGAACUGGAAAAACCACAUGUAUUAUGUUCAGACUUCUUGGUUCAUAUCUGACUAGUCAACUCAAUGAGAUGCCAUCUUCAAAUGACAACAAUGCUAAUUCUCACAAAAGGCAAAUAUUCAUUACAUUGAGUGAAAACCUGUGCUGUAGAGUAAAAGAAUAUUUCAACAAACUGCAAGGGUCAGCAAAACUUACUAAUGAAAAAAUGUCUAUGGCUCAAUUUUAUGAGAGCGUAAAUAGAAAAGGUUGUAGUAAUAUUGAUGUGAAAAAUGUGACAAAACGGGGAAAGGGAAAUAUUGUGGAUUAUACUCCAAACUCAUUUCGUCAACUGACAAAAGGCCAUUUCCCAUUGAUAAUUACCUACAAAACAUUGAUUGAUAUGCUUCUGAAAACUUAUGACAUUAAUCUACCAAAUCCAACCAAAAAACCAAAUUUUGAUACAGAUGACAAUGCAUCAUGGAAACAUUUUGUAGACUACAGACUCUUUGCAAAAAAAUAUUGGUGUCAUUUCAAUGAUUAUUAUAGAAAGAACUUUGAUUGUGGGCUGGUCUUCUCUGAAUUUUCUAUCAUUAAGGGCUUUGAUUCUGAGGGUGAAUACCUAUCAAGGGAAGAUUAUCAAGUCAUCAGCACUAAAAAAUUCCCAACAUUUUGCUAUAAUCGAGAUGAAAUUUAUGAUUUAUUUCUAGAAUAUGAAAAGAAGAAGACCUUGAAUUUUGACUAUGACUCAAUAGAUCUGACUAUUAAGAUCUUACGUCAUGCCAAGAAGGAACCACUUGGUGGUUUGCAAAUUCAUGAAUUAUAUAUUGAUGAGUGCCAGGACAAUAGCAUUGUGGAUUUAGCACUUAUUUUAAAGCUCUUUGAACAUGCUGACAACAUUUUUUUUGCUGGAGAUAUAGCACAAUGUAUUUCAAAGGGAUCAUCUUUCCAAUUUCAAGAUCUGAAGGCUUUGAUAUAUAAAUGGGAACUUGAUCGAUCCAAUCGACCUAGUGUCAUAAUGCCAAAGCAGUUUGAAAUGAAUAUUAAUUAUCGUUCACACAAUGGGAUCCUUAGACUUGCUUCAUCAGUAAUUGAUCUCAUCACUCACUUUUUUCCUGAGUCCAUUGACAAGCUGCCACAUGAGUGUGGUGAAGUUGGUGGUCCUCGACCAAUUGUUUUUGAAGGAUUAGAGGAUGGGAAUGAGUCAAGUAAUAAUGGAUUUGGUGCUAGGCAGAUCAUUAUUGUACGUGAUGAAGAAGCUAAAGAGCAUUUGAAGAAAAAAAUUGGUGAAGAAUUUGGAUUGAUAUUGACUGUGUUUGAGUCCAAAGGCAUGGAGUUUGAUGAUGUAUUGUUGUAUAAUUUCUUUGCUGAUUCACCUGCAUGUUCAAAGUGGCGAGUAAUUUUCUCUGCUUUUGGCAACCAUUCAAAAGGAAUUCAAAAAUUUUAUCAUGAGAAACAUUAUAUACUUUCUUCAGAGCUUAAAAAUCUUUAUGUUGCAGUGACAAGAGCACGUCAGAAAAUUUGGAUAUAUGAUGAAAACACUGUAUCAAGGGAACCAAUUUGCAUGUAUUGGGAACACCAUGGAUUGAUCAAUAUAAUUAAGAAUGUAUAUGGAAAUGAAAACUAUGUGGACAAAGAAGAGAAAAACAUUACAUAUCAAAAGCAAUCUAAUCAGGUAAAAAUUUCUCUGUCUACUUUGGCCAAGAAAAAGAAAAGCAGUCCACAUGAAUGGGAUCAACAAGGAGAGAUUUUUUUUGAAAGACAGCAAUAUGACCAGGCUAUUUUUUGCUUCAAGAAAAGUAAAAAUAAAGAGAAUGAAGAGCUAGCAGUAGCAUAUCUUCUUCAGCAGGCCUUCAUAAAAUGUUCACUACCAAUUGAAACAGCUUCAUGCUAUCAGGAGAUCGGUAUGCAUGAAAAAGCUGGUGAUAUUUGUGUAGAGUGGAAUAAGUUCGAGCAUGCUGCUAAUUGUUAUUCUAAAGCUAAAAAAUGGGAUAAAGCUGGGAAUAAUUUUCAAAAGGUGGGGAUGUAUAAUAAAGCUUUUGUUGCCUACAAAAAUGGUGAAUUUUUUGAAAAAGUAGAAGAUUUAAUUCAUAGUUACAGACAAGAGAUUGAUGAGAAUCUUAUUAGCACUCAUUAUCGAUCUGUUGCCAGUGGACUAUGCUUAUGUGGCAAGUUUGAAGAGGCCACCAAUAUUAUUAUCAUGAAUUUGAAAGAGAUCAACUCAGAAGACAUCAAUGUGUUAAAGUGCUUUGUACACCUAUGCAGAGUCAAUGUAAUAACAAAUAUAAUGACGGAUUUAAAUGUCAAACAGGAAGUGGGUAAACUUCUUUCCAAGGCAAAUGAUUUUCUAAAGAAAUUCAAAUCUGAAUCUGAGCAAUGGAAGAGCUUGGCAAAAGAGAUUCAAUUAUAUGUAGCUUAUUUAAAUCAAGACCUCAAUAAUGUUUAUGAGUGUAUGCAAUUCUUUAAUGGUCGCAAAGAACUUGUUGCUGAAUUUUGUGCAGUAAACAUAUGUCUGCAAAUCAUUCCUCAAUCAGCAGAAUACUGGCAUGAACAAUUGCAACGUCUGUUAAGGUUAUGUGAAUUAACUUUUGAUUUUAUAGCAUCAGAUCAAAACACCAACAAUAUUGAGAAAAUUUUUUUUGUAAAUAAAGUUGGAAAUUAUUCACAUAAAUGGAAUAUAUUUUUAGGUAAUCCACUUCUUCAUGUAUGGGAUAAAAUUCAACAUAAAAUCAUGAGCUAUUGGCAUGUUUAUGAUAUGAAUAGUUUGCACAUGAAAAUGAAGCAGUUCCUUGCCUCAUAUAUCUUUGAACUCAUCUGGGAUGUUGAUCAGAAAAGUAGAUGCAUUCCAGAUGUGAGUUCUCAUAUCUGUCAAUUUCUUCCAUCCUGUCAAAAAUCAGGUUGCAAAAAUCAUCAUGUAGUCCCAACACCAUUAAUUCUGAACCAACGCUUGAAACUUGCAAGUCUUACUUAUACUAUUAUUAGACAGUUGAAUGUGAUGUACAAUCAACAUGAGCUUCUUAGAGAGGAGCAAAGUAAACAAGUUCCUGGAAUACAAAGGAGGUGGGCUGAAAAUCUGGUUAAAUUUCAUAUUCGUUAUCAAUCACCACAGAUAAGCUGCCCAGAAAUAACUCAAAUGAUGCUUUCAGAACUUCCUAAACACACACGUUCUGGUUUUAUCAGCUAUGUUCAAAAUAUAUGGAUAACUAAAGAGCUCAAGGUUGACAACUUUGCAGCCAUGCUAAAAUGCAUAUUCAUUUUGCAACAGUUGAAAUACAAACAGGGCAUUAAUAUGUUUGAUUUGGAAAUGUCAAAAACAAAAAAGCUUUCAUACCAUGAUUAUUUACCCAUUGGUUUUGAGAAGUGUGGCAAUGAUCAAGCAAUUCCAGUUGGAAAACAACUUUCAUUAUUCUUUGAAAAUCUCUAUAAAAAUAAAGUCAUUCAUGCAAUCUCAAAUGCAAAAUUGUUUAUUAAGUAUGCUUUAGACAAUGCCAAACUAGUCCAAUUGGAUGGCCCUGAUGCUUUAGGUGAUCUUGUAUCUCUUAUGGAGUUUAAAGUAUCUUUGAUUUUCAUGGCUGGUCCUGAUCAUUAUGAUUUUUGCCUUCCUCGAGCAUAUCUUGUUAAUUUUUUUAAAGCAUUCACCAUGAAACCACUCUUCUUUAAAUUUAAUCAACAAAAUACUUAUUACAAAGAGGACUAUCUAGCUGCAAUUGAUCAUUCUUUUAAACAAAUUAAACAACUUCUGAAACAAAGGGGUGAUUUGAGUAUUACCCUUCGACUUAUAAGGCUCUUGGUUAUCAUCAGCUUGAAUGUAUCCGUUUUUGCACAGGAGAUCUUUGAUUUUUUCAACCACUUAAAUAAUAAAAUCUCUUCUCCUAGGGCCAAAAAAUAUUUCGCUGAAGACAGCUCACCUUUUCACCUUAUGAAUGUUUUGAGUGAAGACUUAAAUGAGAAUGGCCUUGACUCUCUGGUCAUUGUCCAUUAUGAUUGUGGAGGCACUUCCAAAUUUUUCAACUAUGAGAGCCAAGAUAUUAUAAAGCUUUCACACUCUUCUUCUAUUAAGGAAUUUCACUUUGCUCUUCAACAAAUCAUAUCACCAGUAGCUACCAGCUCCAUGUCUGUCACUAUUUUUAAUAAAGAUGAGGAUAAUGAGAUCAAAUCAUGGUUUCUACAUGCCAAUGAAUCUGCCACAAAAAUCCAAACUUGGAUUCGUCAUGCUCUUGAACAAAAGAAGUCUCACCAACUUCAAAAGAUUUACAAUGAAAUAAUAACUUUUUGUCAGGGUGCCCUGAGAAAGAAAAAAGAAAAGGCAUUACACAAAUAUAUCAUUCUCUUGAGAGAUCCAAUGGUGGAUGUGACUGCGAAGUUAAAUAAAAUGCAAAGUAAAAUGGAUGCAACCAAAGACAAAUUGAACAUAACCAAAGAUAAAUUGAAUAACAAUAAAGAUAUGGACAAAGUUGAAGAAUGUCUUAACCUGCUGGAAAAAUUCAAUUACACCCAUUAUGAGAAUGUUAAGCAAGCAUUAGAUUCACUGUCAACAACUGAGAAUACAAAAGAACUUAAAAAAGAAAAUGUUGAAUGGCUAGAAAAUAAAUUACAAGAGGCGCAUGACCUAAUUAAGCAGGUUUAUGAAUGGCUUGAUAAGUGCAAAGAUGAUGUAAUGAAAUCCGGACAAUUAUAA